AUUUUUAUUGUCUGAAUGUUGACAUCAAGUGAUGAAACACUGAAUGAAGUGGUGGUGAGUGUUGUGUUUGACACUCAAAGACAGGCAACCAUUGCCUACAAGACAUUGAUUGUCGACAAAGAAGUCCGAAGUGAUGGUGUGAUUGUCGACAGAGAUAUCAAAGUUGACAACAAUUUACUGACAAUUGAAGUGAAGAGCAAUCGAUUGAAACGAUUGAGAGUUUGUGUCAAAUCAUUGCUUCAGUCGUUGGACUUAAUCAUUGAAACGAUAGACAAGUUUGACAUCAAAGAUAAAACCGAAGACAAAGCAAACAAUGAGUGAUUGGUUGCCGACAUCCGAUACAAGCAGUGGUCAUCCGAACGGCCAGAACGGGGACUCGCGUUCACCGAAUCCGAGUCCAAACACCGGUCGUUGUAUUUAUGGUUUUGUAUUGUUUUUGGUCUCAAUUUUGAUGUUUUUGUUGUACUUCUUGUACGCCAUAAUCACAACACAAGUGUUUCAAAGCAUAGGUUUGACUUAUUUUGAGCGCAAGUAUUGGUCGCUCGCAAUCCCGACACAGAUAUUGGUCUCAAUUGUGAUGUUUGCUGUCUGUCUCUACCCAUCGGUUAACUAUCUGUUCACUCCAUCACUGAAUCACUGCAACACUUUGUUUGACUCAAACACUCGCAACACAUCAUCAGUGAAGACAUCAUCGAUGGACACAAUGGAGACAAAAGAAGAGAAAAGUCAUCGCAAAGCUAUUCCUCCGAUUCAAGACUUGAAACCAGACUUUGUUUCACAACAAUUAUAUUUAAACUAAUUGUCGAUUCAAUUAAUAUUAAAUUUUUUUAUAUGAAUUACA